AUGGUGAGAGCGUUCUCCGGUAACUUGGGGGAAGGGUCUAUUACUAGAGCAGAAUUGGCGGGCAUUGCUUUUGGGUUGAAAGCAGCGUGGGAGAUGGGACUACGACAGGUGCAGGUCCAUACCGAUUCUCAUGCAGCUAUACAACUCGUUGAAGGAGCAGGGGAAUGA